AUGGCAGUUUCCCCCAACAGGCAAGUUUCCUGCCUGUUGGCUUUUCUGCUCCAGCUCCUGGUCCUGCAGCUGCCCACGCUGGAUUCAGCUCCCUUCCAUGUGACCGCACCUCAGGAGCCAGUGCUGGCCCUCGUGGGCUCAGAUGUGGAGCUGACCUGUCUCUUCUCCACAAACGAGAGCGCAGAGCACGUGGAGGAGCUGCGGUGGUUUCGACAGACUAGGUCGCCAGCGGUGCUUCUUUAUCGGGCUGGCCAGGAGCAGGAGGACCAGCAGAUGACCGAGUACCGCGGGAGGGCGACGUUGGUGACAGACGGGCUCCCGGAUGGCCGCGCUACUCUACUUAUUCGAGGUGUCAGGGUCUCGGACCAGGGGGAGUACCGGUGCUCUUUCAAAGACAACGACAACUCCGAAGAGGCUUCUGCGCAUCUCAAAGUGGCGGCUCUGGGCUCUGAUCCUCACAUCAGCAUGGAAGUUAAAGAGAAUGGACAGAUCCAACUGGAAUGCACCUCCUCCGGCUGGUUCCCAGAGCCGGAAGCGCAGUGGAGAACUCCCUCAGGGGGCAGACUUCCAUUCACUGCAGAGUCCAGGAAUCAUGAUGAGGAAGGCCUGUUCACUGUGGCAGCUUCAGUGAUCAUCACAGACAGCUCCAUAAAGAAUGUGUCCUGCUGCAUCCAGAAUCAUCUCCUCGGCCAGGAGAAGGAAGUAGAGAUCUCUAUACCAGCUCCCUUUGUGCCAAGACUGACUCCUUGGAUAGUAGCUGUGGCUAUCAUCAUACUGGCCCUAGGAUUUCUCACCAUUGGGUCCGUAUUUUUCACUUGGAGACUAUAUAAGGAAAGAUCUAGAGGGAAGAAGAGUGAAUUUGGCUCUAAAGAGAGACUUCUGGAGGAACUCAGAUGUAAAAAGACUGCCUUGCAUGAAGUUGACGUGACUCUGGAUCCAGACACAGCACAUCCCCACCUCUUUCUGUAUGAGGAUUCAAAAUCAGUUUGCUUGGAAGACUCACGUCAGAUCUUGCCUGAUAGACCAGAGAGAUUUGACUCCUGGCCUUGUGUGUUAGGCCGAGAGACCUUCACUUCAGGAAGACAUUACUGGGAGGUGGAGGUGGGAGAUAGAACUGACUGGGCCAUUGGUGUGUGUAGGGAGAAUGUGGUGAAGAAAGGGUUUGAUCCCAUGACUCCUGAUAAUGGGUUCUGGGCUGUGGAGUUGUAUGGAAAUGGGUACUGGGCCCUCACCCCACUCCGGACCCCUCUCCGGUUAGCAGGACCUCCUCGCCGGGUUGGGGUUUUUCUGGACUAUGAAUCAGGAGACAUUUCCUUCUACAACAUGAGUGAUGGCACUCUUAUCUAUACUUUCCCUAGCACCUCUUUCUCUGGCCCUCUCCGUCCCUUCUUUUGCCUGUGGUCUUCUGGUAAAAAGCCCCUGACCAUCUGUCCAACCGCCAAUGGACCUGGGAAAAUCACAGUCAUUGCUAAUGCCCAGGAUAGCAUUCCCUUGUCCCCGCUGGGGGAAGGCUCUGCUUCUGGAGAAACAGAUACUCUACAUUCUAAACUGAUACCUUUCUCACCUAGCCAAGUGGUACCUUAAUGAAUAUUCUAGCUCCAUGGUCUCCCUUUCCUUUGACUACUCCCUCAAGCUCUGAAGCUUCAGUUGCCAGCUUCCUGCAGUCCUGUUUCUUCCUGGUCGUAGUGGUUAAUUCACCUUGGGAAGGUGGUAUGCUGCUGCUAGAGAUGGCAGGGAGAAAGGCUUUCCUUAUUUGUUUCUGUAUCAAUAUUGGGGAGAUUGAGAGGUGAUUCCUAAACUAUUUCUAGUGCCCAUAUCCCUUAAGAUCAGAGCCUACAUGGGAAGACUUGAUACAAUCACCUAAGAGACCAAGAGGCAAUUAGGUUGGCAUGAAAUUGUGGCAGCAACGUUUGGAAUAGGGGUAUGUGGAAUGACAGAUUUUAGGCAAGGGGAAAACAAAACAAAACCACAGGGAUGCUGGAAAAGGAAGAUUUUAGGCUAAAAAUCCCAUAAAGAAAUUUAGAGAAGGCAAGACAGAAGCAAAUGAAGUAAACUUGGUCCAACUAGGUAUACUUGUCCUGUCCCUAGGGCUUUUCAGGACUAUAUCUCAAAAACUUUUUAUUAAUUAAAUUUUUAACAAUUUAUUAUAUGUAUAUAAAGCUUUACUAUCACACUUCUCUGUUCAGUCUUAUUUCCCUCCCCUUCUCUCAUCAAUACCCCUUUCUUGCUUCAAAUAUGACACACUGAGUUUAACCAGAGUUAUCAUAGGAACAAGGAUUUGGAGCUAUCCACUAAAGUUUGGUGGGCUCAAGAGGACAGGUAUAACAGAAUACAGUGAUUUCUCCUCUCCCACAUUCUAUCAGCAUCCAAUAGUUCAGCUGGAAAGGGUAGGGCCCCUAGUGUGGCUAACUGUUGACAGGACCAGUUUUGUGCAAGCCUAGUUCAGGAAACUGCAGUAGCCAUGAGAUCAUGAUUGCAAGUGCCAAAAGAGAGCAUUUCUCGGCCAUUCUCCCUAUCCUCCAGCUCUUAAGUUUUUUUUUGUCCUCUCUUUCAGGAUGUAUCUUGAACACUGUAUCUUAAAUUUUCUAAGUCAUGAUCUAUAGGAUAGAGGAGACUGGCCCUGCUUGUUUGGAAGUAGAGCUGUGAGCAAGCCAGGCAGGGACAGAAAGGAGUGGGGAUGGGCAGGGCUAGAAACCCAGAGAGGGUUAUAUUAGAGGAGAAAAUUUCCAACAAUCUUGCCAGGUUAUGUACGUAUGCAUCAGGCCCUGCUCUUCUUUCUGUGUCCUUCCCUUUUUCCCUCUCCUGAAGGUCAGUCCAACCUUACCUUAUUGACUCCAUUAGGGGUGUGUGUGUGUGUGUGUUGAGAUGGAGGUUUACUAUGUAGCUCAGACUUAUCUUGAUUUCCUGAUCUUCCUGCCUACACCUUCCAAGUGCUGGAAUUACAUGUCCACCACACCUAGCAAGUCCACCAGUUUUGGUACACCCUGCUUAGAUAACAUCAUUAUUUUUGUCAGUCUCAGCUGCAUGCUCCCCCAGCCGUCAUUGCAAUGUCCAACCACUUCACAGGCACCUUCAAUUCUCUCCCCCUGCCAUUCUUUUCCACACUGUGCUAUUGCUCAGUGUAGCCUACUCAGCCUUUCGUGAAUUCAGUUUUGGGUUAGGAUCCCUAGUGUUGCACCAUGAAGCUCAACACAGUUGGACAGUUUGUUUCUAUCUGAGUCUGCUCCAGUGUCCUUCUGUUUGUUUGGGAUUUGUUUUGCCAAUGGCCUGUGUUUGUAUUCAAGCUCUUCAAUUUCUAUUGUAUUUGUGCCAGCUUCCUGAAUGGAAGUUGUCCAUGGACUUUGUCAAACAAACAAACAAACAAAUA